AAGGCUUGCUCUUGCGUCUGCGCGGAGUCUAGUUCCCCUCCCUCCUCCCAGCCAGAGGCGAAGCGGCGGCUUCACCUACAUCAGCAACGAGGUUGCAAAAAGAAAGUGAACUUCAAGCUCCUUCGAUAAUUCACCGCUGAGUUGGCCGUCCAGGAAACGAACUAAAAGCAGCUCGUAAUAAGGACCACGAUAUUGAAACACGGCGGUCAACAAUUAAGUAUAUAACGGUCUCCUGUUUUGGUCUGAGUUUGGCCACAAGAUGUUUGGCUUCCACAAGCCUAAGAUGUAUCGGAGCCUGGACGGUUGCUGCAUCUGCAGGGCCAAAUCGUCCAGUUCGCGGUUUACCGACAGCAAGCGUUACGAGAAGGACUUCCAGAGCUGCUUUGGGUUGAAUGAAGCCCGCUCAGGAGAGAUCUGCAAUGCCUGCGUGCUCCUGGUCAAACGGUGGAAGAAGCUCCCCGUGGGCUCCAAGAAGAAUUGGAAUCAUGUUGUAGAUGUUCGUGCAGGACCUAGUUUGAAGACAGCAUUGAAACCGAAAAAAGCAAAAUCCCUCACUGGGAGCAGAAUUAAAGCCAGUCAGAUCAGCAAGAUCCAGAAAGAGCUGAAACGUCAGAGUAAGUACUCUGACGCCCACAGUACCACCUCCAGUAUGUCCCCAGCACAGUCUCCCUGCUACAGUAACCACUCGGACGAGGGAUCUGACACAGAGAUGGCGUCGGGGUCCAGCAGGGUGCCCGUCUUCUCCUUCCUGGAUCUCACGUACUGGAAAAGGCAAAAAGUCUGCUGCGGGAUCAUUUACAAAGGGCGUUUUGGGGAGGUGCUAAUUGACCCUCAUCUCUUCAAGCCCUGCUGUGGCAACAAGAAGAGAGCAACGGAAGCCCCCGAGCAACAGGCGGUUCAGUCCCCCUCGGCUUCGAAAGACGACGAAUGGUGAACUGGCUCCUUCAGACAGAGGGAGGGGGGAGAGACUAAAGUAGGGCCAAAAUUGCAUUGAAGAGAUUGUGUUUUUCAGAAAGUUGGAGUGAAUUGUAAACUGCCCAAAUGAACUGACCUGCCAAAAAGACUGACAAUUAAGUUUCCCUGGGAGUUGGGUGGGGGGGGGGGGGGG